AUGGCUACCGUAAUCACAGAACUUAACGCGUUUAACAAAAGGUGGAUCGAACAACCUGAUUUUGACAGGAGAUUGGAUGCCUAUAAGGAAAUAUAUAGAAUGGCCGACAACAACGAAAUAGGCGUGGAUCUUUCAAUACUAAUUGUGAAUAACUGUUUCUUCUUCAUUCGUACUGAGAAAGAUAUUGGUCUACGAGAUAGUGCUGGUUUGUGUUUAAAGAGAAUUCUUCCCAAAUUACUGCUCAAGUUCCGAUCAGCCACCGACGGUCAAUUUUUAAUAAGAGACACCGUUUUAUCCCUCAUAUCCACUGGAAUAAGGGACAGUAAAAACGAAAACUUGCGCAUCGAAUCGAUUUCAUUACUGGGGGAACUUGCGAGGGAGUGCCCAGAGGCGGACGUUGUCCUGUCUGAUCUAGCUCAUUUCGUGAACAAGGAGGAUCGUGAAGUGGACUUCUUUGACAACAUCUGUCACCUGCAACUGCACAGGAGGGUCAGGGCUCUCUUGAAAUUCAGCAAGGUAGCGCGGAAAAUGAUCAAGUGCCCCACACCGAGGACCUUGACCAACUUCAUACUGCCGAUGGCGUCAAUGUACAUUUGCGACGACAAAUACGCCGACAAAAACUCGCUGAUAGACGCGUCCAUCGAAGUUAUAUCCACAUGCUGCAGGCUGCUGCCCUGGUACCAUUACGAGGUCAUUCUGAAACUUUACUUGAACAAAUUGAGGCACUCCAGUGAACAUCAGAAGCAGCUGACGCAGAAAAAUAAGACAGAUGAAAACAACUUAGAUAAUGAUGAGAAAGAUAAAGAUGAAGAAGACGAGACCAACCCUGAGGAACAAGAUGAUGAAUUGUUGGAUGAUGUAGAAGACAACUUGCAAGUUGCCGAUAAGAAUGAGGAAAUUGAAGAACAGACGACCAAAGAAAUUGCUAAUGUACCGGCAUUCGAGCGAGUCACCAGCGUGUCACCGUCAGUUGUUAAUAGAAUUAUUAAAUCUUUGAGUUCAGGACUAUUGCCGCAAUUGAAUCGUGCUAUUGGAAAGAUGACAGAGCACGAGGAGUCCCACAAGCUGAACCGUCGGCGUACCGGCUUCUUGCGGCAAGAGGAGGAUCUGGUCCGCGUGCCGAUUGCCUUGGCGCUGGUCAAACUGCUGCAGCGGUUGCCCGGCGAUAUAUUGAGGCAUCAACUGCCCGGGAUAAUCAUAAAGCUGUGCUCCUUUUUGAAGUCGCCGUUAAAACAAGUUCGCAUAUUGGCGCGUGAUAUCGUCAAAAAGAUCAUGGUGACCGUCGGUGCGUCGUAUCUCGGAGUUUUACUGGAGCACCUCACCCUACUGCUCACGCGGGGCUUCCAAGUUCACGUGUUGGUCGCCACGAUACACUCAGUUCUCGACGCGUUGAAAGCAGACUUCAAGCCAGGCGACAUUGACGAUUACCUGCCGUACAUUCUGGAUGUAUGCUGCAACGACUUGUUCGGUGCCCUCUCAGAAGAGAAGGAAGUGGACAAACUGCACCAGAAGACGCCAGAAGCGAAACCGAGCAAGAAGAGUCUCGUGACCCUGACGAUCGUGUCUCAGAACAUCACGGAGAAGUGUCUGAUAAACCUCCUGCUGCCGUUCAAGGAGGUAUUGCGGAAGCACCACUCGAAGAAGAUAGUGAUGAAGGUGCAAGAGGCACUGAUGCACAUAUCGAGCGGCCUGGUGACCAACAGUUUCGUGGACUACGAAUCUCUUUUCAUAUUCCUCCACGGGAUUGCAUCCGAGAGCAUACCGGAGUUCGUACUGGGCGCAACGAAGAGGGAGAUAUCCGACAGUCAGAGGGAGAGGAUGCUUCGCGCGAAGCCGGACUGCUUCAUAAUACCGGCCGCGCCGAAACGCAACAAAGAAUCUCAGGCGAGACUGGUCAAAAACUCGAGCAAAACCAACGCGCACGCUCUAGUCGAGUUCAGUCUGAAUAUACUGUACGUGAUGCUCAAACGGGAGAGGGUUCCGAGGGUCGAGUGUCGGGCCUUCGUUGACCCCCUCAUACCAUUGUUAGUGGACUCCCUGAGGAGCGACAACGUGAAGGUGACUACGGUCGCCUUGAAGUGCGUAUCGACGCUCUGGACGAUAAGAGUGAGCACGCCCACCCUAGAGGAGAUGGUGCAGGACAUCGUGAAGACCAUAUUCUCCAUACUCCACAAAUACGCGACCGCGGAAAUCAGCAAACAGAACGACAACUACCAAUUGGUUCGGACUGCUUUCAAGGCAGUGACUGUGUUGAUACGCAACGUUAAGUACUACACGCUGGAAGCAGAGCAGUUGAAGGCGUUGCUGCUUUACGCAGAGGAGGACUGCCACAGCGCCGAGAGGCAGGCCAACUCCUUCGCCCUGCUGAAGGCCAUCCUGGAGGGGAGGCUCGUGUCGCCCGAACUCCACGAGGUCAUGCAGAAGGUGUCCACCAUCUGCGUGCUCAGCGAGUCGGCGAGAUCGAGGGACGAGGCGCGCGCGCUGUUCGUCAGCUACCUGACCCACUACACGCCCGGCAAGCGCAUGGAGAGGUACAUACAGUUCUUCGUGGCCCAACUCAACUACGAGCUGCAGCACGGCAGGGAGUCCUCGCUCAGGUUCCUCGGGAUGAUCAUCAACAAGAUGGCUGUGAGCCAGCUGUCGAAGCACGCCGAGUACAUGUUCCUGGCCCUCGGUGCCUGCAUGGUCUCCGAUGUAGCUCCUGCCUGCCGCGCCUCCGCAGCCGCCUGCAUCGAAGACCUGAUCAAGAGGCUACCGUCGAGCGACACCGCCAAGCUCUUCGACCUGGUCGUCUCCUUCUUCAAGGACAACCAGCCGGUGCACUUCGAGCUGGGCGCGCAGCUGGCGAUUAGAUUCGUCAACGUCGAGCUGGAGAAGUUCUCCGGCCGCCUCUCGGCGAUCCUCCCCCUGGUGUGUGGGAAGAUGCUGCUGCUGAGCAACGAGCCGGGCGCGGGCAGGUUCGUCAAGGCCGCCCUGGACCACGCCCCGGACGAGGACGGCCAGAGGGAGAGGGACCACGCGCUCAUACAGAUGCUGAGCCUGGUCGACGGGAUCGCGGUCCAUUGCGCGUCGACCAUCAACAUCCCGAAGCACUCGGCCGACUACGACGAGCUGGGCCAGCUGUGUAAAGCGCUGCUCGCGUACCCCCACGCGUGGGUGCGGCUGCGCGCGGCCGCGGUGCUGGGCCGCCUCGUCGCCGCGGCGCGGCCCGAGGAGUUGGCCGCGCCGGCGCGGGGAGGCAAGGCCGGAAGGGGCUUCGUGUACAGCGACAGCGAGCAGUUCCUCAAGAGCCUGGUGCUGGACCUCUGCGCGCAGUACACGCCGAGCGUCGGCAAGGAGAUGGCUGACGUUGUGACCGACGUGCUGUUCUCGAUUAUGAAGCUGGUGCGGCCGAUGGCGUCGUUCUGCGGCGGAGAAGGUGGCUCCGGGCUGGACCUGCGCUGGAUCCUGGCCAAGCUGCGAAGAGCCGUGGCGGUGGAGGUGGCCAGGGCGCCCAAGUCCACGAACAUCAGGUCGGCGGUGUUCACGAUGUGGCUGCACCUGGUGGGCUGGCUGGCGCCCGAGGAGGUGGCCAGUCUGGCGGCGCUGCUGGUGCGGCCCGUCGUGCGCGAGCUGUCCGCCGGGGGAGGGGGAGGGGGAGGCGGAGGGGGAGGCGGAGGGGGCGUCGCCAGGCAGCUCGCCUCGCGCCUGGCCAAGAAGCUGCGCAGGAGGCUGGGCGAUUUGGAGUACGCGCGCCUGGCCGCGGAGGCGCAGGUCGCCCUCGACGUGCGCAGGGCCCACAGGAAGAAGAUAAUCCUACAAGAAAAAGUGCACAAUCCGGAGAAGGCUGCCAAGAGGAAACUUCAGCUCAGGGAGAAGAAGAAGCAAGCGAAGAAGAUGAAACUGGAGACGAUGCACGGGAAAAGGCCGCGCGCCAAAAAGAGGAAGGCAGAAGACAUGGAUAUAGAGGGGAAGAUUCUGCAAGACUGGGACGAU